UUAUUGUUUAUAACAAAUUCUCAUUAAUAAGUUGACAUUUUGAUAAGAAAUAUUUAUAUUCGCUUAGCUAAUUUUGUCGAUUUCCCUUUUCUUUCCAAAGCUUCAUAUCAAGGCACAUGCUAUUGUAUUCCAAUAAGUAUUAUCUAAAACCAUGUCGGUUGACCAUGACUGGUCAGAACUUCCACCGGAGCUCCACCAUGGCUUGUCGGAACUCUCACCAGAGCUCCACCGUGAUUGGUCGGAGCUUCCACCGGAGCUUCUCCACACAAUCGCAAAUUACCUAAUUAACCUUACCGAUUACCUCCAUUUCCGAGCAGUUUGCUCCACUUGGCGAUCCUCAACUCCGGCGACUCCAAUAAACCUCCCUUGUCAGCUCCCAUGGUUAAUGCUCCCAAAAAACCGGUCGAACCGGCGUGGUUUUAUCAACUUCGUUGACAACAAGCUCCACUUCCUCAACCUCCCCGAAGCUUCAAACCGGCGCCGACGUUGCGGUUCUUCUCACGGCUGGCUCAUCAUCGUCGAUGAAUCAUCGCCGUUGAUUUUAAUGAUCAAUCCAAUCACAAAAGUGACGUUCAAUCUUCCGCCGGUUACGCAGUUUCCGAAUGUAUUGAAUUUUGAUUUUUACAGCGUCGGGAGAGAAUAUACAGUGCGAUCAUCCGACGGAGAGGUGUAUACUCGUAACUUGAAGGAAAUGUGUGAUUUGUUUAUUAGAAAAGUUGUGAUUUCUAGUAGUCCUUCGCGUGAUCCGAAUUUUAUUGUUAUGGCAAUACUUAAUGAAACAGGUGAGCUUGCUUACUGCAAAAAUGGGGAAAAUUUAUGGAACUUUAUUGACGAAGCGCGGUUUUAUGCAGAGGAUGUUAUAUAUUUUGAAGGAUUGUUUUAUGCUGUUCAUAAAUCUGGUGAAAUUGCUGUUUGUGAUGUUACUGGUAAUUCGCCUAGUGUUUCGUUUAUUGAAACUCCGAGGCAAAUUGGAGGUGAUAUGCAGUAUUUGGUUAGAACAAAUGAUGAGUUUUUACUCGUGACGAGAUAUUUGGAGCUUGAUAUUGAUGCUGCGUAUCAUCAGCUUGAUGUUGUGUAUAAGACAGUUGAAUUUUGUGUGUUUAGGUUGGUCUUAGAAGGGCCUAGAUGGGAGAAGAUUAGUUGUUUGGGUGAUAAGAUGUUGUUUUUAGGAGAAAAUUCGUCGUUGGCAUUGUUGGCGUCUGAUUUUCCUGGAUGUGUCGGAAACAGGAUUUACUUUACUGAUGAUUAUUGUGAGGCUAAUUAUGAUGGUGUCAAUGGGAAUCAUGAUUUAGGUUAUUACAAGUUAGAGGAUGGUAGUAUUGAAGCGUUGUCCUGCUAUCCCCGCAAUUCACAUUCUAUGCUUCGUUGGCCUCCUCCAAUUUGGUUCACUCCAAAUCCAUGUUGAUAAUUGUAUAAUACCUUUUGAAUCGUGCUGUUAUCUCGUUGCGGUGGACUUUGGUGAAUUCCUCCAUUGAGGUGGUUUGUGAAUAUGUUAUUCCGGCCAUAGUUCAAUUUGAUGCAUGGAAUUACUUUGUAUAUGAAUUGCAAACAAUCAAUAGUGGUGUGCUGUAAGUAAACCUGUAUCUACAUUUUCUUGAUGCAGUCUGUGUGAUCGCAACAUUCCCUGUAAUCAAAUGUUCAUGUGCUGUAAAUAAACUGUACCAGCAUAUUUAUGUAUGCCUGCAACAUUUCCAUGUAAUGAUCUUUCUGCUUCUGUCUUA